CUUCAGUGAUUCGAGUUGGUACACGCGAAUGAUUUUCACCUUGCGUGGCCUGUCAAGAUUGUUAUUUAUUUAAAUAUGAUUAAAUACAUCUAUUGUAUAUUUAUUCAUUAUUAGUACAAUUAUAAACGUGAGUUAUUAAUAUACACAAGCUGGUUUGUAUGGCAUGCGGGGAGGGGGGUGUUCUAUUUUAUUUAUUUAGUUAGUUCGUUCGUUCUGUUUAUUUAUUUAGCUGUAUUGAAUUCAUUUAAUUAUUUUAUGUCCUAUUUAUUUAUUUCGCUAGUUUGUUUGCGUAUUUAUUCUCUAACAAAUUUGAUCAAUUAAGCAGGAAGGGUGUUUGUUGCUAGAUCUACAAGGAGCAACGAAAUCUUACUUCUUGAUUUUUAAUUUUUUUUUAAAUCCAGUACAAAGAUUCGUCCAUAAAAAUAUUAUUAAAUACACGAGCUGCUCCGCUCUUUUAGAGACUUUUAACUUGUCGUCUGUUCUCCCAGAAUUCUUUGCGCAGUUUUCCCGCACAUGUGAGAGGCAAACACUCUGAUCACUUUUUAAUUCUCGGCUGCUUGUUUGAAUCUUGCACUACUUUGAUUUCUGUUAUUUAUUUAUUUAUUCAUUUAUUUAUUUAUUUAUUGAUACGCGAGGUAGUGACGUCAUGUCGGCCCUAAUGAAGUGCGUGUGCUGAUUGGCUGCUCCGGAAUCCGCUCAUGUUAGGCAGCGUGUAAAUCAUUUGAUCAUUUUAUAGUUUGCCGUAAUGAUCAAUCAGGUGAAAUGGCACUCUGGUCCAAUCGCUGAGAUCUUUUUUCAUCAGGGUGCAGAAGAGGAAAUGACGAUACACUGCUUUUAUUCCAGAGCUUUUGUCAACGAUCGAGAGCUGUAUAGAUCGGAUUUCAAGUCUCUGCAGAGUCAGACCCAGGACGGAGCGCGAGUCUGUCAGGAGGAGGAGGAUGAAGAUGAGGAGUCCAGCUGCUCUGAGGAAGAGGAGGAAGCAGUGCUGGAUGAAGAAACCAUGCUGAUGGUCAGUUUGGGGCUCCCCGUAGCGUUCGCCAGCUCCUCGCUUCAGAGCAGAGCGAGCAAGAAUGGAUACCGGGUGAAGAGGAGCAGCAGCACAGAGCGCUGGGAGAACUCCGAUUAUAAUAAAAGCACACAGCUGGUGAUGGGCGAAGAGGAGCGUGAGAAGGAACCUGAGGAAGAAGAGCGUGAGGAGAAAGAACGAAAGGAGGAAGAGUGUGAGGAGAAAGAACGAAAGGAGGAAGAGUGUGAGGAAGAACCCGAGGAAGAAGAGUGUGAGGAAGCGGAGGUGAAGGCUGUCGUGGACGAGAUUUGCACAGAGCCGGAGUCUAACACUGAUCAUGCCUGGCUGCAGUACUGGAAUCUCCAUGGAGAGAGCCUGUUGUGGACGGGCUGGGUGGAGAAACACUCCGAGUUCUCCAGCGCGUCUCCUCCGGCUCCGUGGGCAUGUCCUGAGUGGAGGGAAAAGUGGGAGGAGCAUGCUAAUCAGACGUAUGGCUAUUACUGGGAGCAGUUUAACUACUGGGCUUCUCAGGGCUGGACUACGGCCGAGACGACCGGCGCCGACGCUGCUCGAGACGAGGGACCGCACGCCGAGGAACACCGUGAACAGCUGGAUGUGAUGGAACCGGAGAAAGGAGGACAUGAGUCUUGCUGUGAUCGUACGUCAGGAGAACUGGAGAAGUUUCCGGGAGAAGAAAGCCCCACUGACAUCACAGAGCUGGUUGGCAGUUUAAACUUGGAGACAGAGAAGCGCGAGCAUGAUGAUCUUAAUAAAACUUUACACUGUAGUUAUGCUAAUGAGCCUAAUGACGGAGAAGACCGGAAAAGACCGGCUUCAUCGGGCAGCACCAGCACGGAGAAAAGCAAUGAGAAACCGAAGUCCAGUACUCAGCCGAAUAGAGACAGCCAGCCAGCGAAGAGCGGCUCCAAGGAGGAUGACAGUGACGAGGACGAGCCAUCAGAGAGAAAAGCAAAAAUGAAAAGAAGUCACGAGCUAGACGUCGAUGAACUCGCUCAGAUGCCUGCUGACGAAGCGUGGGAGAGUCUGGGCCUCAAACGCGACCCUCAACACAAGUUCGUGAGUGUUUUAAAGUUCAGGAGAACUCCGGCGAGAACUCAGAGGAAGGCCAAGUGGAGACAGAAAGCCAGCUGCAAAAUCAACAAGCACGUGUUCUUCACCGAGGACGGAGAGACGGCGGAGCCCAAGAUCCACCACACACUCCAAAAAGUGCAGAAUUUCCUCCAGACGGUCCGAACUGAGAAUGACUCCGAGAAGACGGCGGCGCCAGUGCUGGACAGAACGGGAGACGGACACGGCGCUCCAAAUCCACAGGAUUGUCCAGAGGAAAAGCUGGAGGAGUUUAAGGAGACUUCUCAUCUUGGAGAGCAUGGAGAAUGUGAAGAACGCUUAUUCAGCGAGCAGCAGGUCAUAACCGAGCUGGAGCCAGAACCAGAGCAGGAAUCGCAUGUUCCUUCAGACUGUCAUGAGCAGGAACACGGAAGGGAACAUAUCCCUCUGGACAUCCCAGACUUCCUCCUUCCCGAUGCGCCAGAAGAUGAAAAUGGAGCCGAGAAUGAGAAGUCUUCAAAGAAGAAGAAAAAGAAGAAGAAGGCUAGAAAUAGGAGGAGGAGGAGGGACGUUGGCGCGGACAUGCCUCCCGAGAUCGCAGCCGAGCCGGAGUUGGCCAAGUACUGGGCUCAGCGCUAUCGGCUGUUCUCCCGUUUCGAUGAGGGCGUUAAACUGGAUCACGAGGGCUGGUUUUCCGUCACGCCUGAGAAGAUAGCCGAGCACAUUGCUCAGAGAGUGCAAGGUGCGUCCCAGGCGCUGGUCAUCGUCGAUGCCUUCUGCGGCGUGGGAGGAAACGCUAUCCAGUUUGCCCUCACUGGAAACACGGUGAUCGCCGUCGAUAUCGACCCGGUGCGAUUAGCACUCGCACGGCACAACGCUGCGGUGUACGGGGUCAGUGAACGGAUCGACUUCAUCCAGGCGGAUUUCCUGCAGGUGGCGCCGCGGCUCCGGGCCGACGUAGUCUUCCUCAGCCCACCGUGGGGAGGACCCGAAUACCUCAGCGCUGACGUCUUCAACAUCGAGACCAUGAUGAGCCCUGACGGAUUUGAAAUUUUCAGGCUGGCCAAAAUGAUUUCGGAAAACGUCGUGUAUUUCCUCCCACGGAAUGCCGAUAUGGAGCAGAUCGCAUCUCUCGCUGGUCCUGGUGGGAAGGUGGAAGUGGAGCAGAACUUCCUGAAUAACAAACUGAAAACCAUAACUGCAUAUUUUGGCAAUUUAAUCAAGUCCGAUUCAUAGUCGAUUCAACUUUUUAAAUUUUUUUUUAAAACUCCCUCCGAAUCCGAUUUCCCGUGCAACGUGUACUGUAUAUACGGUCUUUAUUUAUUAUUUCAUAUUAGAAUGAAUUAUUCCUCUUACAGGUGACCCCCAAUGUCUUUGUACAUCUGUAUGUUUUUCUAUUAAAAGUCGAUGCAAAUGAAAUACCAUCUAACCCUGCAGCAGGACUGCGAGUGUGGGGGACAAUGCUCAAAUAUUGUUCAACCCUUCCGGCAUAAUAGCAGCCGUUGUCUCCAAUGUUUUAUCGAUAUCUUCUUCCGAGUGUAAAUGUGGAUAAAAAAAUAACACCCCGGCGGUCCAUGUUUUGUACCGUAACGUGUGUGUGUGUGUGGGCGGAGUUUUUGUAGAUUUUUCUGUGGGACAUGUUUUAUGGAUGCUUUAAAAUUGCAGCUUUUAAAUGGAACCCACUUUAUGAUUAAAAUGACGGUGAAAUGUUCACGGUUUUGCAGUCCACCUCCAAAACAAAUACGAAACAGCAGAGCAGGCGUACCAAUGGGAAAUUUGGAACUAUUAAUAAACCAUUGUGAAAUAUGACUAAAUAAAUAUGGGUGUGUUCGUGUAGAGAAUAAGGAAAUGUCUAUAUGGUUUCGGUCUGAUUUGAUCAACCGUGCCUUUAAUCUGUGUCCCUCCAUCCAUCCAUGUACAAUGUAACAAAAUGUUUGGUUCAAUUUAUAAAUCUUGGAUCUCUCUAUUUUCUUUGAUUUGUAUCUUCGACACGCCGCAUGUUGGCCCGAUGAACAACGGAACAGGUUUUGGACAUGUUCUCCUUGGGAAAACGGCUCCUCGGGAGAUCUUUGGAUGGAGCCUAUUUUUCUAUUAGAGGUCUAAAGAGGUCUAUUAGGGACUUUUUCUGAAAUAUAGCACCUCUCUGAUGUAGGGUUCUACGUGCAAGACGAGCCGAAGAACCCUUUAAGGUACUACGUACUAAUGUACCUGUGAUUUGUAUCCAGAAUUGUGCAAGUGAAUUUUGUUUGUUUGUUUUUUUCUUAAUAAUAAAUUGAUAUCAUUAGCACAUUA